UCAAGGCACGUGGUCCCGGGAAGUAUUUUCAUGUUGCACCAAUUGCCGCCGUUUCCAUAGAAAUGGGAUCGGCACAGCUGCCCAGACGGAAUCGUUAGUAGGAAAGAACAAUCUGCUGGGUUCAGCAAUGUUAAACACACAAAGAGAUUUAAAUGAACUUCUCAUCUGUAAAGAGCAAGAACUGAAAGAACUGCACACUUAUCAGAUACAUUUUCUGAAAACAGCAUUGCAGGAAACCGAAAGACAACUUCGAGAAAUACAUAGGAAAUUCAACAGAUUAAAGGAAGAUUUCACCUAUAAUCUUAAAGUCCUAGAAGAGAGAGACAGAGAACUGGAACGCUAUGAAAGCUUGUUGACCCAGUUGAAAAUAGCUGAAAAUGGUAAAGAGGCAGAAGUUAGUGACCUUAGAAUUCAGUUGGAUAAGCUGCAACAGGCACUUACUCAGGAGACCAAAAAACAAGAAGCUUUGCAGCACCAAUAUCAACAAAAGCUUAAAGAACACCAGUUAGAUUUGGAGCGGCUUCUUUGCUCAAAAGACUCUGAUAUGAGUCACCAUCACAAGGAAUAUGAGAAUAUGAAACAACAACUUGAGAGAAAACUUCAGGAAAUAGAAGGUGAACUUGCUUUGCAACGCCAGGAACUUUUAGUGGAAUUUGAUGCAGAAAUGAAAAAAAGAGAACAUGAAUUUCGACUGAAAGCAGAUGAAAUGAGUAAUUUAGUUCUGUCUUAUGAGCUUAAGGUUAAGUUGUUGACCAAGGAAUUGGAAGCUUUGAAAGAUGCUGGGAUGAAAGCAGCAGAAUCAAUGAAAGUGGCAGAGGCAACAAAUUUAGAGCUGGAAAAAGAAGUCAGAUGCAAGGAUUGGGAAAUAAAGGAUCUUGCGGCUGUAAAAGAUGCUCAGAUACAAGAUUUAGAAAGGAGACUUGAUUCAGUACAGUUGAGCUGGAAAAAAGAGAAAGAACUAUCUGAGAGAAAAUAUGCAGCAGUAGAUCAUUUGGCCAGGGAAAAGAAUACACAACUCAGUUCAAUGAAAGAGGCCCACGCUGAACAAAUGCAUAAAUGGGAGAAUCAAAUCCAAGAACUGCAAAUAAGCAAGGAAACUUUGGAAAUAGAACUACGUCAGGCUGAACAGAGGUGUAGAGAUUGCCUGAAAGAGAAAGAGGCUGCUGUUGAAAAACUCGAACAACAGCUAGCGGUGCUGCAGUCAAGCUGGGAUUCUCAGGUAGCUCAGAUCCUCAGGGAGUCGAUUUCAAAAGACCUUCGGAUUCAAGUACUACAAGAAGAAGAGAUGAAACUGAGAGCACAAGUGACUAGUUUACUACAAGAUAUUGAAAGGUAUAAACAGCAGCUUUUACUAGCAUCAGAGAGAGAAGAUGCUUUGGAAAGAGCUAAAGUGCAAAUAGAGCUGGACUGGCGGAGGCAUUCUGAGAAUGCUGAAAGAGAUCAAUAUCAGAAAUCAGAGGCGCUAAUACAAAGCUUGUUGACAGCUAGGGACCAGGUUACUGCUGAGCUUCAAAAGAAGGAACAGAAGUUGCAUGAAGUGGAAAUGGCCCUGUCUUCUGUAACCCUUGAGAGAGACCAAGCUGUUGAGGUACUUAAGAAAUAUGGUCUCUUGCCAGGAGGAACAAAACAGGUUACACUUAAGGAUAAUGUUGGAGCCACUGAAGCAAGUUUCCUUUCUCCUGAGAUUCAAAGGUUACAGGAACAGAACAAUAAUUUGCGGGCAGUGAUUGCAGAAAUGAGGAGAGAAAUGGAGACCCUUAAUCAUGAAGAAUCUUCUUCAGACCACAUCAAAAUGAAAGCACAGGAUACAAAUAGGACUGCUGAUACUGCUGCAGUUUCAUUCACUCCUGAUUAUGUUCAGUCUUUGGAGGAAGAGGUCAGAAAAUGGAAGAAUAAAUACCGGGCAAUGAACAAGCAACUUGAAAAUGCAUCUGAAAUUCCCAGUAAAUUCUUUGCAACUUCUUUGAAUGUAUCCCAUUGUAAUAAAAAUACUCAAACUUUCUUUGAAGACAUUUCCAAAAGAAACAGUGAUGAAAUUACUGGAGCUUCUUUGAAAAUGCAUGAAGCCAAAGCUCCACACGUGGAUUUAGCAGGAACGCAAGUGAAUGCAAUGACUGGGAGGCUUCAGGAUGACUCUGUACAUCUCAAGCAAUGGUUCUUUGACAGGGGCGCAGGUGAUGGGCCCCACCGGCCUAUAGGAAACUAUGCACAAGUGAUGCGAGGAAAACUGAAGGAAGCUGUGAGAAAAAUCUCCAGUCUGAGCAAAGAAAAGCAACAACUGCUAGAGCUGGUAAACAGACUGAGAGCAGAACUUGGAGCAGUAUCAAAGGAAGAAUCUCAAGAUGCCAGAAGCUCAAAGCAGACUCAAGGGCAUAUUUUCCUUGGUGCCCUCCAUCCAAAGGAACUAGCCAGAGAGACUAAGCAUCGCCUUUUAGCUUUAGAACAUCUGCAAUACCAAUUUAGAACACCAGUUCAGGUUCAGUCAGAAUCAGUUAGAAGUGAUACUGCGGGACUUAAAAAGAAUGAAAUCUUAGUACCCCUUCAGGACCAACAGCUUACAAAAGAAAGUCCCAGCCAAUCCCAGCAAGGCCAGUUGUCAUCACCUGGUACACAUAGUUCCCUACAAGAUGUUUGGCAGAUUCUUGAGAUGGGAUCAGACCCUUCCAUUCUCAGCCCACAGAGCAACAAUGACCAAGAGGAAUACCAAGGUCUCCAUGGAGCUGAAAAACCUGAAGAAAAAGCCAGCAUGUAUUUAGAGAGAGCACCAGCUGCUGCCUUGACCAUCACAGGAAAUAAGUUUAAUGCCCAUCCAAAACGAAAACCAAACAAACCGUCAUAUAACCAACCACGAAAGCAUCAUACCUCUCAGUGGACAACCAGAAUUCGAAAUUACAAUGUAAAGGAUUGAACUUUUCAUCUGAUGCAAUAAAUGUUUCAUUAAUUAA